ACUCUUCCCAAGUCGACCGGCAAAAUGAAUCGGCUACAGCUGUUGGGAUUGACGCUGGUACUGUCGUGUCUUGAUGGUGGAGUCCUGGCAGGCCUGUUGCCAGGCGGUACCGCCGGAAAUGGAUACCAGUAUAACAGGCCGACCGGAAACGGAUUUACUGGUGGUUUUGGUUCACCAGGAAAUAAUGCAUUUCCUGUUACGAGUUCUGGAGGUUUUGGAACACCUGGUAGUGGUGGUGCAUUUUCUCAACGUCCGACUGGUGCUUAUGGAGCACCAGGAUUCGGCAGUGCUGGAUCAUUUGGUGGUACCGGUGGCGGAACCGGUGCUUUUACUAGACCUUCUUCUACGUAUGGUUCGCCAGGAUAUACCGGAAAUCAAGGGGGUAAUGGAGGAUUUCAGGGUUCCGGUGGUUACCAAGGUGGUACCAAUGGCUAUCAGGGUGGUUACAAUGGGGACGAUGGCAGACCACAACCAUACAGCUUCCAAUACGAGGUGCGGGAUCCGCCAAGCGGAAAUGAUUAUUCUCAACAGGAAAGCAGCGACGGAAACACCGUGACUGGCGAAUAUCGCGUACUUCUGCCGGAUUCGCGCACUCAAAUAGUCAGAUAUACAGCGGACAAUGUAAACGGUUACAAUGCCGAUGUUCAGUACGAAGGCCAAGCACAAUAUCCUCAGGGAAAUAUAGGGGGUGGUUUUCCAGGUGGUUUUGGCGCAGGUGGUUAUCAGACAGGAGGCGUUGGAGGCGGUGGUGGUAAUUUCGGUACUGGAUCUGGAAAUUUCGGUGGUUCCAAUCAAUACUUGCCACCCGGUGGAUAUGGAAAAUGAUACUGGAAACAUCCAAGAUAUCAUCGACGUCAUUGAAAAUUGACAUAGUUCGUACCAAUUUAAUUUUAUAAUUAACGAAAACAAAUGUAUCUUUAUCAACCAAUAAUUAUAUAAUUAAUUGAAAUUAGCAUUUGGCCAAAACUAAUAAUUUUUUGUAUAGAUUAAUCAAGAAAUACGUGAAAAUUAUUGUGUUUGAAUUUAGAGUAAAAACAUCAAAAUUUUAAUAUUAAUAUCAAUGACAAACGCUUCCAUGUUUCAUACGCUUUUUGUGAAAUAAUAUAUUUUCUACUGUACUUUUAUUUUAUAUAUACUAUUCUAUACUAUACCUUUCUAUAUUAUAUUUACAUAUAUAUCUUGCCGUACGUCACGAACGUGUUGCGCACGCUUACUAUAUUCAUAAUAAUAAUAAUAAUAAUACGUAA